UUAAGCUAUAUUACAGCUGUUAUACAUUCCCUGAAAUACCAGCAUGCAUAUCAAUUAUACAGUUCAAUAUUUGUUUAUAGUUCUUUUGAGAUAAAAUUUACAAAGCAGAAAUCUCAGUGUACAUUUGCUGAGUUUUCACAAAUGCAUACACUUGUGUGACUCAAACCCCUGCCAAGAUAUAGAACAUGUAUCAUCACUCCAGAAAAUUCUCUCGUAUCCUUUUCCAUUCAUUCCCUACCCCCCAUCCCUAAGAAGCGACCUCAAUUCUGAUGGUUUUCUGCUGUAAAUUAGUUUUGUCUGUUUGAGAACUUUGUAUAUAGAAAACAGUGCAUAAUGUGCUGCUUUACGUAAGGCUUCUUUCACUCAGCAUAAUUGGGAUUCUUUUUUAUUGCUGGAUAGUACUUCAUUGUGUAAGUAUGCCACGUUUUGCUUGUCCAUUUUACUGAUGGGUGUCUGGUUUGUUUCUUAUUUUUCGGUAUUAUGAAUAAAGCUGUGACAAAAAAGAAAGGUUUAAUUUGAAGAAUGAGAGUCUCCUCUAAAUUACCAGGUCCAGAGAGGCGUGGGAGUGAAACAGCAGUCACAUCUCCGUUACCUUCUUGGGCUAAGUAAUCAUAUCUUGAAACUUGCUUGCUAUUGCCACAAGUAGCUGUAAAUUAAUCUAACAACAUCACCGUCUGGAUACUAUGACCCAUACAAUGUAGCCAAUCACUAAUCAACAUUAUUUUCAUAAACCAGUGAGAAUUUCUGACAGACAGCUUUGUGUCAGCCCACUCCCUGCCCCACUUUUUUACCUUUAAAGAUCUGCUUGAAACAAAGGCCAAAGGGAGCGCCUGCUCAGGGUUAUGAAGUCUGAAUCUUCUGGGCAGGCAGCCAUCCUCGUUUUGGCUCAGGUAUAAAUGAUGCAAAAUGUGCACCUGGCUCCAGAGACAGAUGAAGAUGAUCUUUAUUCCGGCUAUAAUGACUACAAUCCAAUCUAUGAUAUCGAGGAAUUGGAGAAUGAUGCAGCUUUUCAGCAAGCCGUGAGGACUAGUCAUGGCAGAAGACCUCCAAUAACUGCUAAAAUAUCAAGCACGGCAGUUACUAGACCUAUAGCUACUGGAUAUGGGUCCAAGACAUCUCUGGCAUCAUCAAUAGGAAGACCAAUGACAGGGGCUAUUCAGGAUGGAGUUACUAGACCCAUGACAGCAGUGAGAGCAGCUGGUUUUACCAAAGCAGCUUUGAGAGGCUCUGCAUUUGACCCCCUUGGUCAGUCAAGGGGCCCUGCUCCCCCUUUGGAAGCCAAGAAAAAAGAUAGCCCAGAAGAAAAAAUAAAGCAAUUAGAGAAGGAAGUAAAUGAGUUGGUAGAAGAAAGCUGUAUUGCCAGUAGUUGUGGAGACUUAAAAUUGGCCUUAGAAAAAGCAAAAGAUGCGGGAAGAAAAGAGAGAGUCCUGGUGAGACAGCGAGAACAAGUUACAACUCCAGAAAAUAUCAAUUUGGAUUUAACUUACUCAGUUCUUUUCAAUUUGGCCAGUCAGUAUUCAGUUAAUGAAAUGUAUGCCGAAGCACUUAACACAUAUCAAGUUAUAGUGAAAAAUAAGAUGUUUAGCAAUGCAGGAAUAUUGAAAAUGAAUAUGGGAAAUAUCUAUUUAAAGCAAAGAAAUUAUUCCAAAGCCAUUAAAUUCUACCGAAUGGCAUUAGACCAAGUUCCAAGUGUCAAUAAGCAAAUGAGGAUUAAAAUAAUGCAGAACAUUGGAGUUACAUUUAUUCAGGCUGGUCAGUAUUCGGAUGCUAUUAAUUCAUAUGAGCACAUAAUGAGCAUGGCACCAAAUCUGAAGGCAGGCUACAACCUCACUAUCUGUUAUUUUGCUGUUGGAGACCGAGAAAAAAUGAAGAAAGCAUUCCAAAAGUUGAUUGCUGUUCCAUUAGAAAUUGAUGAAGAUAAAUAUAUUUCACCAAGCGAUGAUCCUCAUACUAACUUAGUAACUGAAGCUAUAAAAAACGAUCACCUCAGGCAAAUGGAAUGUGAAAGGAAAGCCAUGGCAGAAAAAUACAUUAUGACAUCUGCAAAACUCAUUGCUCCUGUAAUUGAAACAUCUUUUGCUGCAGGUUAUGAUUGGUGCGUGGAAGUGGUGAAAGCUUCUCAAUAUGUAGAGCUAGCCAAUGAUCUGGAAAUAAACAAAGCAGUUACAUACUUGAGACAAAAGGACUAUAACCAGGCUGUAGAGAUCUUAAAAAUGUUGGAAAAAAAGGACAAUAGAGUGAAAAGUGCAGCUGCGACCAAUCUCUCAGCCCUGUAUUAUAUGGGAAAGGAUUUUGCACAAGCCAGCAGCUAUGCAGAUAUAGCUGUGAACUCUGAUAGAUAUAAUCCAGCAGCUCUUACUAAUAAAGGGAAUACAGUUUUUGCAAAUGGUGAUUAUGAGAAGGCCGCUGAAUUCUAUAAAGAGGCUCUAAGAAAUGAUUCUUCCUGUACUGAAGCGCUUUAUAAUAUUGGCCUUACCUAUGAGAAACUAAAUCGGCUGGAUGAGGCUUUGGACUGUUUCCUGAAGCUGCAUGCAAUCCUGCGAAAUAGUGCGGAAGUUCUUUACCAGAUAGCAAAUAUAUAUGAAUUAAUGGAAAAUCCCAGUCAAGCUAUUGAAUGGCUAAUGCAGGUGGUCAGUGUUGUUCCAACCGAUCCUCAAGUUUUAUCUAAACUGGGAGAAUUAUAUGAUCAUGAAGGAGAUAAAUCUCAAGCAUUUCAAUAUUACUAUGAGUCAUACAGGUAUUUUCCUUGUAAUAUUGAAGUCAUUGAGUGGCUUGGAGCCUAUUACAUUGACACCCAGUUUUGGGAAAAAGCCAUUCAGUACUUUGAAAGAGCUUCUCUUAUGCAGCCUACACAAGUGAAAUGGCAGCUGAUGGUAGCUAGUUGUUUUAGAAGAAGUGGUAACUACCAAAAAGCAUUAGAUACUUAUAAAGAUACUCACAGAAAAUUUCCAGAAAAUGUCGAAUGUCUGCGUUUCUUGGUUCGUCUCUGCACAGAUCUUGGAUUAAAAGAUGCUCAAGAAUAUGCCAGAAAACUGAAGAGGUUGGAAAAAAUGAAAGAAAUAAGGGAACAGCGCAUAAAGUCAGGCAGAGAUGGCAGUGGGGGCUCCUGUGGCAAAAGAGAAGGAAGUGCUAGCGGUGAUAGUGGCCAGAACUAUAGUGCCAGUAGUAAAGGUGAACGACUAAGUGCCAGACUCAGAGCUUUACCUGGGACAAAUGAACCUUAUGAAAGUAGCAGUAACAAAGAAAUAGAUGCCUCCUAUGUGGACCCGCUUGGCCCUCAAAUAGAAAGACCAAAAACUGCAGCCAAAAAAAGGAUCGAUGAGGAUGAUUUUGCUGAUGAAGAAUUAGGAGAUGAUUUGCUUCCAGAAUAAUAUUCACUUUAAUAUAUUAUUUAUUAAAGGAAAGAAAUUGCCUUAUGAGACCAUCUUCAUGUUAAACCUUGGAUUAAGUAUCUAACCUGUAAUUUUUUUUUCACUGUCAAAACUUUAAAUAAGUGUAUUCUAUUCUGUAAGUAUGCAUUUAAGUUGUUUUUUAUUUUAAGGAAUAAAAACAGGUAAAACUAA